GAAACACACUCAUUUUUACGGCACUUUCACGCUUUUAAAGCCUCUGGCACGCCUCAAGACAAGCUUUUUAGAACAUUGAUAUUGGCUCCAUGCCCCAAUCUUCUUGAAAAGUAAGGACAAAAAAAAAAAAAAAAAGAAGAAGCCUUUUUACUGAUUUUUUGUUGUUGUUGUUUUGAAAAGGGGGUUGUUUUUACUGAUAUCCUUCGGCAAAUUCCUUUCCAGAAUUGCAUCCUCUAGGGUUGUAGUGAGUAUGAGCAGAACAAAGCGACACCGUGAUCACCCACCUCCUUCCUCUCCUUGUCGAAACCCUAGUCAACCCAAACCCGAACCCGAACCCGAACCCGCGAAGAAACACCACCAAUCCGACCCUACCUUUCCCUCAUACCUGGACACUCCCAAUCCCUUACCCCCCAAAAUCAAACUGCUGUGUGCAAUUGUGGCCGAAAUCCACUGUCUCUCCGUCGAAGAAACGUUGAACGACACUGGUAUUCGAGUGACCCAGCAAGACGUUGAAGAGGUCCUCAAGCUCUCCUACGCCUUCCCGAGCCCUGCCCUCAAGUUCUUUCGGUGGUCCGGUCGUCAGCUCAAUGAAGACCACAGCCCAUAUUCGUGGAAUCUGGUUGUUGAUCUGUUGGGCAAGAAUUGCUUCUUUGAUGCCAUGUGGGACGCCAUCAAGUCAAUGAAGCAGGAAAGGUUACUCUCUUUGGCCACUUUUGCUUCUGUUUUUAGUAGUUAUGUAGUUGCCCAUCGCACUCCCGAGGCUCUUAUGACAUUUGAGGUUAUGGACCAAUAUGGUGUUCCUACAGAUAUUGUAGCAUUGAAUUCUCUUUUGAGUGCAAUUUGUAGAGAUGGCAAGACGGCCGACGCCCUUGAUUUUUACUACAUUGCUAAGGACAAGAUCAGGCCGGACCCCGAUACUUACGCCAUCUUGUUGGAGGGGUGGGAGAGCGAAGGCAAUGUAGCCUCGGCUACCAAGGUUUUGGAUGAGAUGGUGAGUCAGAUUGGUUGGGAUCCAACCAAUGUGCCCGCCUACGAUUCAUAUCUGAACACUUUGCUUAACGGGCCUAAUGGGAUUCGCCAGGCGCUGGACUUCUUUGAGACCUUGAAAGCGAAGAGGUGUUAUCCAGGGGUCAAGUUUUUCAGGCUUGCACUUGAUGAGUGUGUCAAGAAAGGCGAUGCUAGGGGAGCUGAGGCUCUUUGGGAGCCAAUGGUAGGCAGACUUGGUUUGCAACCUGAUACCAAUAUGUAUAAUUUGAUGAUUUCUUUGCAUUGCCAUGGAAACAAUAUUAAUGUAGCAAAAAGGAUGCUGGAUGAGAUGGUCUACAAUGGGGCAUUUCCAAAUUCGCAAACAUAUAACAUGUUGUUUAAGAUGCUCAUUAAGAAUAGGAAGUUACAGGAGGCUGGGGUUUUGUUUACUGAGAUGAUUAAAAAUGAGUGUGUUCUGGACCAGGAUAAUUGUAUUGCUGCAGUCAGGAUAUACUUGGAUUUGGGGGACCCUUAUUUUGCUAUAAAAGUCUGGAAGUUUAUGAUAGAAAAUUACCAUUCUGGCUUGGAGGACACUGGGAAUUUGUUGGUUCUAGGACUUCGCAAUCUGAACAGAGUCCCAGAAGCAGUCAAGUAUGCAGAGGAUAUGAUGCUAAGAGGAAUCAAGUUGAGUUCUUCUUCAAUGUCAAAACUCAAAGACAGCCUUGUCCAAGCAAAGAAGCAAUACAUGUAUGAUGAACUUUUGAGAAAGUCGAAAGCUCAGCAGCUAGGUUAAAAGUAUUUGGAAUUAUCUGUGCUUGUUACACUGUUUAGAGUAAUAUCUUGUCCUUCCCCUGUGUAUAUGUUGCACAUUAUAAUCUCUCCGCUGUGAAAAAUGAACUUACCUAGUGUCAUACAGCUGGCUGCUAUAUAGUUGUAUUCCUUUUUGUAUUCUGUCCAUGCUGUGGAAAAUGAUAGAUGUUCUUUAACAUGCAUUUGACUAGAAGAUAACAAUCCUCUCUUCUGAAUA